AUGAAAAAAGAUCUUAAAGUUCUGGAAUAUCUAUCUCAAGACGAUGACAGCCUAAAAUAUUAUAUUGAAAUUCGGAAGACUAAGCUUGAUCAUGAAAAACAACUAUCCAAACUUGACAAAAUUCGAAAAAGUUUUUAUGAGUGCCAGUCCGAGAUUGGUCGUAUUGUAGAAAAAAAGUCGGAAACCGAUAAAAAGAUUGUGCGUCUCAUUUUCGGAACCCCUCUGGAUGUUGUAAUAGUUAUUUACAAAUCUUCGCUUAUCAAAGAAACGCCUUCCGUUAAAGAUUACCUUGAACAACAAUCAUCAAAAUACGAGAGUCUUGAUCGAAAAUCUGGUGCUCGACGAAAACGCAAAGAUUUGGAAUCAUCGGACGAAGAAUCAUCAGAGGAAGAACCGGAUGAAGAAUCCGAAUAUAAAUUCAAUCGGAAGGGUACUUUCAGUAUGCGGAGAGCUUCCUCCAAAUUUAUCACUAGAUUUGGAUCAUUUUUUCAGCAAUCCAAACGUGACGAUCCAUCCAAUUGA